GAGAGAGCAGGGAGAGCAGCAGCCGCACACUCAUCUGCCGCCUGGCUCCGUGUAGACAUCUAAGCUUUGACUGCUGCUCUCUGUAAGAAAAUACACGUAACGACUUCUCCGACGUUCACACAGCCCAAGGCGCAUGCUCAGACUAACUGACGGUGCAGUGUUUUAUUCAGGAAAUCAGAGACACUGAAAAGUUUUAAAGAUGACAACUUCAUGGAGUGAUAGACUGCAGAACUAUGCAGACUUGCCUGCCAACAUGGACGGCCUGACAAUGAAAAAAUACAGAAGAGAGCCAUACCACAGAGUGUUUGUCAACAGAAGCUUGGCAAUGGAGAAGAUAAAGUGCUUUGGCUUUGAUAUGGAUUACACUUUAGCAGUGUACAAGUCACCGGAGUACGAGUCACUAGGUUUUGAACUCACAGUGGAGCGGCUGGUUUCCAUCGGCUACCCCCAGGAGCUGCUCAGCUUCGUCUAUGACCCGUCCUUUCCCACCAGGGGCCUCGUGUUUGAUACCAUGUAUGGAAACCUGUUAAAGGUUGACGCCUAUGGUAAUAUCCUGGUCUGUGUCCAUGGAUUCAAUUUCCUCCGAGGCCCUGAGAUCCGUGAACGGUACCCAAACAAGUUUAUCCAGAGAGAUGAUACAGAGCGUUUUUAUAUCCUUAACACACUCUUCAACCUGCCAGAGACCUACCUCUUUGCUUGCCUAGUGGAUUUCUUCUCCAACUGUGACAGAUACACAAGCUGUGAAACUGGCUUCAAAAAUGGCGACCUCUUCAUGUCCUAUAAAAGCAUGUUCCAGGACAUCCGUGAUGCUGUCGACUGGGUACACUUCAAAGGUACUCUGAAGGAGAAGACCGUUGAGAACUUGGAGAAGUAUGUAGUGAAAGAUGGAAAGCUGCCUCUUCUUCUCAGCCGAAUGAAUGAAGUCGCCAAGGUUUUCUUGGCCACCAACAGUGACUACAAAUACACUGAUAAAAUCAUGAACUACCUGUUUGACUUCCCCCAUGGCCCAAAGCCUGGUACCUCUCACCGGCCCUGGCAGUCCUACUUUGAUCUGAUCCUGGUGGAUGCCAGGAAGCCCCUGUUCUUCGGAGAGGGUACGGUGCUCAGACAAGUCGACACGAAAACCGGGCGUUUAAAAAUAGGAACCUACACGGGACCUCUGCAGCAUGGUAUAGUCUACUCUGGAGGUUCCUCGGACAUUGUGUGUGACCUGCUGGGGGCCAAGGGGAAGGACAUCGUUUACAUUGGGGACCAUAUCUUUGGAGACAUCCUCAAGUCCAAGAAACGUCAAGGCUGGAGGACCUUCCUAGUUAUACCUGAGCUGGCCCAGGAGCUCCACGUGUGGACCGACAAGAGCUCGUUAUUCGAGGAACUGCAGGGCCUGGACAUUUUCCUCGCAGAACUUUACAAACAUCUGGACAGCAGCAGUAAUGAGAGGCCAGACAUCAGCACUCUACAGAGAAGAGUCAAGAAAGUGACACACGACAUGGACAUGUGCUAUGGCAUGAUGGGCAGCCUUUUCCGCAGUGGCUCCAGACAGACCUUGUUCGCCUCUCAAGUGAUGCGCUACGCCGACUUGUACGCAGCCUCAUUCAUCAACCUGUUGUACUAUCCUUUCAGCUACCUCUUCAGAGCUGCACACGUACUGAUGCCACACGAGUCGACUGUGGAACACACCCACGUGGACAUCGACACAGAGUCGCCACUGGCCACGCGCAACCGCACUCACUGCAGCGACUGCAAGGACCUGGAGUGCAAACGCAACCAGCUGACCCGCUCCUUCAGCGAGAUCAAACCUCCAAACCUGUUCCCGCAGACUCCCCAGGAGAUCACUCACUGCCACGAUGAGGAUGAUGAUGAGGAGGAGGAAGAAGAGGAGGAGGAGGAAGAAGAAGAAGAAGAGGAGGAGGAGUAAAAAGCUAGGCAAGGAGAGGAAAGCCACGUUCCUGUUCCUACCUUCUUAUGUUUUCCAGUAGAGUCAGGUAGUCACCUCUUUUGAAGUGAGACAGAGAGGAAAAACAUCUCAUCAUCAUCAUCUGUGUGUGUGUGUGUGUGUGUGUGUAUCAAUUCUGUAUGCACACACACGCUCUCUCACUCUCUCACACACACACACACAAGAUUUCUGAGGAAAGUAAAAAAUGACCGGUAGUGAGACGGAUCAUCUGACUGAUUGCAUGCUUGGUCCUCUAAAACACAACUUUUCCUAACUUCCUUAUUUAAAAAAACACUUUAUGGUUUUAAUUGAUUCCUUUAUUGUUUUCCAGUCAGACAGACAGAACAUCACACACUUGUUAUAUUUUAUAAGCUGAUUUUAAGACCUGCUGGUGAAUGAAAUAGAUUUAGUCACAUGUAAAUCCAUUAGACAUGGCCAGUAAACUGUAGUUUUAAUCCUAACAGACUAGCGUUGCUGACACAGUAUGCACAUUAUAAUCACACGAAAAACCCUCUUCAGUUUACGAUGUCGAAAAAAAAGAUGCACAUCCUGUAUUGUAACAGAUUUUUUUAUGCAACAUGGGAACAACAUUCGGUUUUUCAUCUGUUUAGUUUCAUUUUGUCUGUUCUCUUGUUCUCUUACUUGUAUGUGAGGGUGUGUGUUUCUGUGUGUGAGACUCACUCAGACUGCAGUGUCCUGAGUGAUGGUAAGCUAAGAAUCCAUUGUACUAAAGAGAAGCACAGGAGCGCUGAAGCACAAGCCGGCGUUAAACCAAUCAAUAACCAGAUGCAUUUUGUUGUUUGAAGUUUGGUUGAGAGAACAUGUUGUGGUACACAAGUGGCUCUGAUAUUUUGUUUCCAAGCAACAAUGAGGACUAUGACUGGUUUUUAUGCAGACAGAUUCUAUGGCAACCCUGAACUACAGUCGUGUUUCUGCAAAUAGCUCUGAGGUUGAAUGGUUUAACGCCACCAGCAGCUUAACAUGCAGUAUUUUUUCCACUUUUAUUAACGAAGAUGGAACUUGACGACUGUAUUUGACUAUUAUUUGACUAAGGAAAUAUGUUGUUUUUUUUUUUUUUUAGAACGUACAUUAUAAAGUUCAUUUCAGUUUAAUUUUUCUCCCUGGUUUGGGGGAAACGUGUCGACACAGUGUGGGGUUGAGUGUGUACAUUGUAUUCUUCUGUUGGGCCUCUGAACACUGUCAAGUUACUAUUUCAUUAUAGUGUCGAUCUUUAUCUUCACACAGCUAGAACUGUGUUGCUAGUUCAGAGCUGGAUGGAGAUUUCUGAGUGUAAGCACUUUGCAUGUGCUUUGAACUUUACAGGUCAACAAAAGACAAGCCUUUUGAACUUAAAGCCCCUGAAAACUAGACUUCAAAUCUUCUUCAUAACAUUUAAAUAUUUAUGACAAAAAAAACGCAUCUUUUUAUGAAAUUAUUUAUAAAGACUUUUAACUUAAAUCUGCUGUGUGGGUGUGGUUUGAUUUAUUUGACACUAAGUAGUAAGUUUCCCUCCAUACUUUCAGUUAGCGCAAAAAAACCCCCCAAUCUGGUUGGAAACGCCAGAAAUUUCUAACAAAAGUCAAAAUAUCAAAGUAGUGCGGCCUUCUUCAAAUUAAUACAUGAAACUUAACAUACUAAUGCCAAAUAUUUCCAUCAUGUUUCCACAUAGUUUGAGGUUUGAAAGGCUCUUUUUACUAAGCACGCUCUUCUGCAGUGGUUUAAUGCCACUUGACUGGAGAAUUAGCACCUCCAGUUUUUUAACCAAGUCUGAAUAUUUCCAAAAUGGUAGUAAAUGGAAACGCAUGUUAAUUUGCAUUUUCUUUUGCUUACUUUCUGGAAAUAUGUUUUUAUAUAUGUUCUAAAUUUAGAUGGCAUAUUGGCUAGUGACCAAAAAACCCCACCGACAGUCAGAUUUUGAGUCAAAUGUUGCUAAAUCCUGAUUGGUAAAGGGAAGUAUGUGACGUCAGCUUUUCCCAACGUAGCCUUGCCCACUUUGAUCUAGUGAGAGGAGCACAGAGAAACAAAAACUCAUAUCUCUCAUAUGAAAUAACAAAACCUUUGUCAGGAAAAACAGUGUUUAUGGGAGACCCCAUCGUCCAUAGUGAGAAGCUGAUGGAGACAAUACGUUUUCAGGGCCUUUAGCCCACUUAUCACUGGCUGUCCAUUUGUCCGUUUAACAUGUGUUUCUAAAUGCAUCAGUAUUAGUAUGCUGAACUCCAAGAGAGCUGCCUGAAUUUCAAACAUGUUGACUUGACCUUGUUUUUUCUUUCCUUUUUUAACAUCAAGUGUAUCCUGUAUGUUAACUUUCCUCACCUUUUGAUAUUAUAUUUAGUUUUGACAUGUUGUAUCAGUCCUGUAAGUGUUGGAUCGGCCUGUUGAUUUAGGCCACAAAAGGGAACGAACAUGCCGUCUAUUUUUUGCAUAAUUUUUGAUUUGGCUUGAUGUGGAGAAUGUGUUAAACUGCUAAUUCAUUGGAUAAAACCUUGUAGGAUAUAAAGAAACAUAUUACAACUCUUUUAUUCUUUUUUUUAUUUUACAAAUUUAAUGUUUGUAUUCUCAAUUUUGAUUUUGUUUCUUGAACAUAGAAUAACUGGAUAUGCUGCAGGGGGUAGCUGCAUUGCUAAUAGGAAAUAGCUGACUGUCUUUCUUUGCAUAAUUUGAAUAUGCAUGUGAAAAUAACAAGCAUAUCCGAUAUGCCAAGGUGGUAAUGGUAGCAUUGGUUUUACUUCUAUGUGGAUUGCAUCAUUUUAAGAAAAGCUUUUUUUACAUCCGUCAUUGUAGUUUACACAGGGACAAAAAAAAACUGUAAACCUGUAUAAAAGAAAACUGACAAUGAAGGGAAAUGUGAAUAGCAUGUUCAGUACCCUAACAGAGAUGUUCCUUGUAAUCAACACCAUGGGGUUAUUCUUUAUUUUUCUAAGCUAGUGUUUUUACAUGGUCUUGGUUUACAGAACUGUAAAUAGACAUUUCCUUUUCUUAUAAUUUUUUCCAAAUAUCUUUUUUUUUUUUUUUGUUAACAUUUAUACAGCACCACAGAAGCCUGUCGCUCAGACUUUGAACUAACUAAAGCCUGACAAACAGGUUACAGUGCUUUAGAAGAUUUGUAUCCACUGUUGUGAUGCCCAAAAUGCAUCCAUAUUAACGACAGGUGCCGAAAAUGUCACCUUUCAUUUUCUAAACUAAACUUUUUUGUUUUUAUGCAUAUCAGUUCAUGUUUUCCCAAACAGUGUUUUGUUUGUUUGUUUCCAGACAUUAUCCUACAGACUGUACAUUGAGGUAAAUUACAUAAAAAUGUAGAAUAAAGAUAGUUUUUCAUAC